AUGUCGCCACCAGUGCAACACCAAGUCCAAUUCGAUAUUCCAAUGGAUACCGAUGAGGAAUCUCAAUACAAUGGUGAAUCUAGAUCACCGACAUCCAAUGCCGCCGUGGGUAACACAGGUUUAACUUUGGCAUGGACAUCCCCAUGUCGGCAGGUGGAAUCCGCAUCUCCCACAAUGCAGCAGCCAUUGAAUGUGGGAUUUCAACUUCCCAUCCAAGCGAAAACUCCACCGCUGUCCCCCACUCACCAGCCAUUCAAUUUGGGGUUUCAGCUCCCACCUCCCUCCACCCCAGCCCAAGCAGCACUACCUGCCGGCCCAGUCCAACAGCCAUUUAAUUUGGGCUUUCAGCUCACCGCUUCCUCCACCCCGCCCCAAGCAGAACUACCUGCCAGCCCAGUCAACAAGCCGUUUAAUUUGGGCUUUCAGCUCACCCCUUCCCCCACCUCACCCCAAGCAGAACUACCUGCCGGCCCAGUCAACAAGCUGUUUAAUUUGGGCUUUCAACUCACCCCUUCCCCCACCCCACCCCAAGCAGAACUACCUGCCGGCCCAGUCCAACAGCCAUUUAACCUUGGCUUCCAACUCCCCAUCCCCAUCAACCACACACCGGCGGCAGCAGUACAAACCGCAGUCCGGCAUGUGGGCUAUGCCACCAACAACAGACAUAAGUUCGCUUCACAUAUAUUAAUCAAUUCUGACCCUCCAGCAGCGUUCCAGUUCAACUGUGAGCCUCUCUCACCCAUAGGAGAUUGGAAUCCGGUGCUGAUCCGAGCACCAUUGCCGAUUCAUGCCGAUGGCCCAUCUGCUACCAUGCAGCCGGCACCUGUCGCACCGCCUGUGAGGCCAACAUUGGCAUCUUUAGUUGGCGAUGCCGAGCAAGUGGCAAUCAACAUUGUCAGACGCCUCCAAGGAGAGGAAUUUGAUCAAGUGGCGGCGAUGAUGGUCAGCAGGUCCUUAGGUGUCGGCGAGAGCAUCUGGGACCCUAAGCCCGAUGAGGUCUUGGACAGCAACCGGAUUCUGAUGUCGGCAUUCUGUGAAAACCGAGACAGGCUGACCAGGAUCUUCAAAGACAUGAUUAGCUUGCAUCAUAUAGCACAGGUCCAGGAUCGGGUCGCCCCAAUGGUGACCGCCCUAUUGGCUGAGGUGGAGAGAACAGAGGAAUUGAUUUCUGACUCUGAUGAGUAG